UAAUUUUGCCCUAGGUCUGGCCAGGAGGCCUCACAUCCAGAGACCUGCCCCCCCUCUUGCAGUGCCAGGGUCAUGGGGCUCCGGAGCCACCACCUCAGCCUGGGCCUUCUGCUUCUGUUUCUACUCCCUGCAGAGUGCCUGGGAGCUGAGGGCCGGCUGGCUCUCAAGCUGUUCCGUGACCUUUUUGCCAACUACACAAGUGCCCUGAGACCUGUGGCAGACACAGACCAGACUCUGAAUGUGACCCUGGAGGUGACACUGUCCCAGAUCAUCGACAUGGUGCGUUGUGGUGGUGGUACAGCUCUGGAGUCUUACCUGUCACAGUGUCAAGAAAUGAGGGGGAUGAACGGAACCAGGUGCUGACCCUGUAUCUGUGGAUACGGCAGGAGUGGACAGAUGCCUACCUACAAUGGGACCCCAAUGCCUAUGGUGGCCUGGAUGCCAUCCGCAUCCCCAGCAGUCUUGUAUGGCGGCCAGACAUCGUACUCUAUAACAAAGCGGACGCACAGCCUCCAGGCUCCGCCAGCACCAACGUGGUCCUGCGCCACGAUGGUGCCGUGCGCUGGGACGCGCCGGCCAUCACGCGCAGCUCGUGCCGCGUGGAUGUAGCGGCCUUCCCGUUCGACGCCCAGCGCUGCGGCCUGACGUUCGGCUCCUGGACUCACGGCGGGCACCAGCUGGAUGUGCGGCCGCGCGGCGCUGCCGCCAGCCUGGCGGACUUCGUGGAGAACGUGGAGUGGCGCGUGCUGGGCAUGCCGGCGCGGCGGCGCGUGCUCACCUACGGCUGCUGCUCCGAGCCCUACCCCGACGUCACCUUCACGCUGCUGCUGCGCCGCCGCGCCGCCGCCUACGUGUGCAACCUGCUGCUGCCCUGCGUGCUCAUCUCGCUGCUUGCGCCGCUCGCCUUCCACCUGCCCGCCGACUCAGGCGAGAAGGUGUCGCUGGGCGUCACCGUGCUGCUGGCGCUCACCGUCUUCCAGCUGCUGCUGGCCGAGAGCAUGCCGCCGGCCGAGAGCGUGCCGCUGAUCGGGAAGUACUACAUGGCCACUAUGACCAUGGUCACAUUCUCAACAGCACUCACCAUCCUUAUCAUGAACCUGCAUUACUGUGGUCCCAGUGCCCGCCCAGUGCCAGCCUGGGCUAGGGCCCUCCUGCUGGGACACCUGGCACGGGGCCUGUGCGUGCGGGAAAGAGGGGAGCCCUGUGGGCAGUCCAGGCCACCUGAGUUAUCUCCUAGCCCCCAGUCUCCUGAAGGAGGGGCUGGCCCCCCAUCGGGCCCUUGCCACGAGCUACGAUGUCUGUGCCGCCAGGAAGCCCUACUGCACCACGUAGCCACCAUUGCCAAUACCUUCCGCAGCCACCGAGCUGCCCAGCGCUGCCAUGAGGACUGGAAGCGCCUGGCCCGUGUGAUGGACCGCUUCUUCCUGGGCAUCUUCUUCUCCAUGGCCCUGGUCAUGAGCCUCCUGGUGCUGGUGCAGGCCCUGUGAGGGCUGGGACUAAGUCACAGGGAUCUGCUGCAGCCACAGCUCCUCCAGAAAGGGACUGUCACAGCCAAGUGGUUGCUGGUCUUUGGGCCAACCAGUCUCUCCCCACUGCUCCUAAGAUCCGGGACACUUGACUUCACAAUCCACAAGGGAGCACUCAUUGUCUACACACCCUAACUAAAGGAAGUCCAGAGCCGGCCACUCCCCUAAUUCCAAAAAAAAGAGGAACUCUACAAAGGCCAAGAUCACAGAGUACAGUCUUGGAGAGACAGAAUUGUUUGUGCUGGGUAUUAGAGCUCUCAGUGGGGAGCACAUGGGUUAUAAUGAGAAACUGAACUGAACUGCUGCAUUUGCUGUCUUUCUUCCUAGGUGGCUGCUUUGCAGGGCUUUGGCUCUUACCUUUCCCUGCUGAGGGGCUCAGGGAAAAGGGUCGGGGAUUCUCAGUCGAGUUUCCAGAGCAGAAGGCCCUACAGACAUUUGGCCCCAAAUCCCCGACUCAAUAAAGUAAGCAUGUACCUAGCA